AUGAUUGGGGCUUUUCGCAAAGCCAGGUGGAACUCUGCGGUGAUAAAAAUUCCACGUCGAUAUUUCCGAACGACUGUUCCGACGAAUUCGAAGGUUAUGAAAGUCGCGAUUCUGGGCGCUGCUGGGAGAACAGGGAGAUGUCUUGCUCUGCUUUUAAAGCGGUCAAGUAUCGUCGACGAGCUUGCGAUCUACGACAUACUGCCGAUGCAUAGUCUUGCCCUUGAACUGAACCACGUCGACGCUCGAUGCAAGGUGAACGGUUACUCAGGUCCCUCGAGCAUUCACGAGGCAUUGAGGAACGCCAAAGUUGUUAUAAUAACCGCGGGACAACCGGAAAAAUUAAAACGCAACGGUGAGCAAAUUCUCAAACCGAAUGCGAAAAUAUUGUCCCAACUGAUUCCCCAUCUGACCGAGCACUGCCCCAGGGCCAUGCUGGGCGUCGUUACGAGUCCGGUGAACGUUCUGAUACCGAUGAUCGCCGAAUUGUACAAAAAAUCAGGCCUCUACGAGCUGAACAACAUAUUCGGGGUGACUACGCUGGAUUGCGUACGAUCGAACACGUUCGCCGCGGAGAUUCUGGGACUGCCUCCGGAAGCAGUGGUGGUUCCGGUUAUCGGCGGAAGCUGUGCGCGGACUUGCGUCCCGCUUUUCUCUCACAUCAAGCCUAGCUGCAAAUUAACGAACGUCAGUAUCAGCGGGCUCAGUUUGUCGGUAAAAUCAGCAAAUGAGAAACUCAUGAAUGCCUACGAUGGUAGCGGCACCCCUUCAUUGAGCAUGGCAUUCGCUGCUGCAAGAUUCUGCGUUUCUUUGUGCAAAGGACUUCGCGGCUUGCCGGGUGUCGUUGAAUGCGCCUACGUCCGGUCCUGCGUCGUGCCGGAAGUGACGUAUUUCGCAUCGCCUCUGCAACUCGGGCCCGACGGUGUCCAAAAGAAUUUGGGUGUGCCGCCGCUCACGGAUUACGAAUGCAAGAUGUUGGAUUCCGCGAUUCCUUUGUUGAAGACGGGCAUCAAGAUUGGGGAGAAUCUGGCACUCGGCUCCAAGACUCCCUCCACCGAAGUCUGCCCGACGGAUCCAACGCCUUGCCCAAGUCCCGUUCUAACGGCUCGCAUACGACAUCCAAAUCCGAAUUCUCCGAUCCCUGCUGCGUAG